GAACGAGACAGCAAAAUGAGGAAACGUUUUCAUCACAGCCUGAGUCUACUUUUCCUUUUCCUGUCAGAGACCUUCAGCUCUGUUGGUGGCUCUUCAGUUCAGGAAGUGAUCGGUGCUGUAGGCGAGUCUUUUACAUUCCAUACCAGUGUCCCUGUUUCUGGGAUUUUAAUUUAUAAAACUAACACAGUUGGACAGGUAUUUAAUAAAUACAGCGACACAAACGUGAGUGAGAAGUUUGUGAAUCGUCUUCACUGGGACAGUCAGAGUGGGUUCUUCACUCUCACAGACCUGAGAACAGAUGAUUCAGGACUUUACACAGUGGAGAGCACUAAAGAGGUGAAGGGAAAACAGGAUUAUCAGUUGGAGGUGUACGAGAGAGUUUCAGCUCCUCAGGUGGUGAACACAUCCUCCAGUUCUUCAGAGUUCUGUUUGUUACUGUGUUCUGUGAGGAACGUCAGAGGACUGAAGCUCUUCUGGUCUAAAGAAAAUGAUGUUUUAUUAAACUACACCAGCAGCAGCAACUCAUCCGACAUCACACUGAGUCUUCAUCUAGAAAUAAAGACGGUAGACAUUCACACGUUCAGCUGUGUGGCUUCCAACCCAGUCAGUAACGAGUCAACCACAAUCACCAUCACAGACUACUGCUCUCUGAACUCAGAUGUUGUUUCUCAUCAGCAGAGGACUGUGAUUGUUCCAGUUGUGGUGUCUGUGCUUUUAGUCGUGCUAGUAAUGGUGACGUAUGUGUAUCUGCGGAGAAAGAAAUUAAAUGGACCCUGUCGGCGUACAGAAGGCAGGUGUUUGUCUCAUUAUUUGUCUGAAAGAAUAAGAGCAGAAGUGAAAUUUACCUCGAUGUCUCUCAUCUCAUUUCUUACUAAACAUGCAUUACUGCAAAUAAUUCCAGUUUUGUCAUUUGGGAAUUUAUUCAUAUCUUGA